AUGACCCCCCUCUCACCGCUCACAGGAACCAUGUCUGAGAUUGAGAAAGCUCUUGCCGAGCUCAAGGCCCUCAUGAAAUACAGAGCCCAGGAACUGGGCGAGGAAGAGGAAUUCAGAGGGCUCGGCCUGACAAGUCGCAAGAACCUGUGUCUUCACCCCUCGGUUAAGCAGGAGAAGAGUGGCGCCAUUGUUGACGCGCGCUGCCGAAGCCUCACGGCCGGUUUCGUGAAGGAAAAAAAGGAACGCGGAGAGAAUGUCGACUUAUGUGUCUACCACGACAAUUUGGACCUUCUCGAGCCGCACAACCUGAUCCCCAACGGAGUAUGGACAUUCGACGGCCUCCUGAAAUAUGGCGAGCAGCACAAGCAGUGCCCGUACUUCACCGCAAGACGCAUGAUGCAAUUUUGCAACGUCAUCAUCUACUCAUAUCACUACCUCCUCGACCCGAAAAUCGCCGAGAGAGUAUCCAAAGAACUCUCCAAAGAUUGCAUCGUCGUCUUUGAUGAAGCGCACAACAUCGAUAACGUUUGUAUCGAAUCGCUCAGCACUGACAUCACGGAGGACUCCUUGCGGAGGGCAACUAGAGGCGCACAAAAUCUGGAAAAGAAGAUAUCAGAGAUGCGGGACACCGACCAGGAACAGUUGCAGAACGAAUAUCAAAAGCUCGUCGAAGGACUGCGAGAUGCCGACGAAGCGCGACAAGAAGACGCGUUCAUGGCAAACCCGGCCCUGCCGGAUGAUCUGCUCAAAGAAGCAGUGCCAGGCAACAUCAGAAGAGCGGAGCACUUCGUAGCAUUUCUCAAGAGGUUCAUUGAGUAUUUGAAGACGCGGAUGAAAGUCAGACACACGAUUUCAGAGACGCCCCCAUCUUUCCUCGCGCAUCUGAGAGAGUACACUUUCAUCGAGAAGAAGCCCUUGCGAUUCUGCGCUGAAAGAUUGACGUCGCUGGUGAGGACGCUCGAGCUGACCAACAUCGAAGACUAUCAGCCAUUGCAAGAGGUGGCCACAUUCGCAACCCUAGUGGCAACAUACGAGAAGGGCUUCCUUCUCAUUCUAGAGCCCUUCGAAUCGGAGACAGCCGAAGUGCCCAACCCGGUUCUUCAUUUCACCUGCCUAGAUGCUGCCAUCGCGAUUCGACCCGUCUUUGACAGGUUCAGCUCCGUCAUCAUCACCUCAGGGACCAUCUCGCCGUUGGAGAUGUACCCCAAGAUGCUCGGCUUCUCGACAGUGGUACAGGAAUCGUACAGUAUGACGCUGGCGAGAAGAUCCUUCUUGCCCAUGAUUGUAACCCGCGGAAGCGACCAAGCCUCCGUAUCGACGAGUUUCCAGGUCAGAAACGAGCCAAGUGUAGUGCGCAACUACGGCACUCUCCUCACUGAAUUCGCCAAAAUCACUCCCGACGGCAUGGUUGUCUUCUUCCCCUCCUAUCUCUACAUGGAGUCCAUCAUCAGCAUGUGGCAAGGAAUGAACAUCCUUGAAGAAGUCUGGAAGUACAAACUCAUCCUCGUAGAGACGCCCGACGCCCAAGAGACUUCGCUGGCCCUGGAGACGUACCGAACAGCCUGCUGCAAUGGUCGCGGCGCCGUGCUCCUCUGUGUCGCCCGAGGCAAGGUCUCGGAGGGCAUCGAUUUCGACCACCAAUACGGCAGAACUGUGCUGUGCAUAGGAGUACCGUUCCAGUACACGGAAUCUCGGAUCCUCAAGGCGAGACUCGAAUUUUUGCGCGAGACCUACCGCAUCCGCGAGAACGACUUCCUCUCCUUCGACGCCAUGCGGCACGCCGCCCAGUGCCUUGGUCGCGUUCUGAGAGGCAAGGAUGACUACGGAAUCAUGGUGCUGGCCGACCGCAGAUUCCAGAAGAAACGAGCACAGCUGCCCAAGUGGAUCAACCAAGGUCUGCUCGACGCCGAUUCCAAUCUGAGUACGGACAUGGCCGUCAGUAGCGCUCGUCGCUUCCUCAAGCAAAUGGCUCAGCCGUUCCGGGCUAAGGACCAGGAAGGUGUAAGCACGUGGAGCUACGACGACUUGAUGAAGCACAAGGAGAAAAUGGAUCUAGAGAGAAUCCAAGAGCUCGAGAAUGCAGGUGUGAAUGGUGCAGACGGGUAUGGAGUUGAUGGAGGCGACGACUACGGCAUGAAUGAUGAUCUCGACCAAGACCUGAUGGAGAUUGACGACGGGUUCUGA